CUAUUACUCCAAAGGAGACUAUUUGCUCUUUGAUUACAUUUUUGUCAACUGUCACUCACGUAUGCAUUUGUGUGACAGUGACAUUUACUCAUUCUCAUUUACAAUUUGUACUGCAUUUUUUAUUCACUAUAUACGAUUUUAUAUACACAAUCUUAACUAAAAUCAAAUUGAACUUAUAUCUACAUCCGAUGUUGUUCAGUAAACAUUUUCUUAUAUAGUUAAAUGUCAUGGAUAGUAAUAAAAAAUAUGGUCUCAUUUUAUCAGAAAAAUCUAAAAAAAUUAAACAACCUACCUUUCAGGCUACUCGUAAUGUUUUUGGUAAUGACACAGAUUCUGACGAUGAACCUAAGAAAAAACUAGUUCUUCUAAGACCGAGUGAUAACAUUAAUAGACAGAGUAAAAUAUCACAAGAAAAGGCUAUAAAUGAGGAUCCUACUGUGUACCAGUAUGAUGAAAUAUAUGACUCUAUGAUAAGUAAAAAGGAGGAGAAAAAAGAAAAGAGUAAAGAACAAAAGAAACCAAAAUAUAUAGAAAAUUUGAUGAAAGCUGCAAACAAGAGAAAGAUUGAAAAUGAACGGCGAUUAGAGAGACAAAUACAAAAAGAAAGAGAAAAAGAGGGAGAUGAGUUUGCAGAUAAGGAAGUUUUUGUGACUUCUGCUUAUAAACAGAAAUUAGAAGAAUUGAGAAAGGAGGAAGAAAAAGAGAAAUAUGAAGAAUAUUUGGAGAGUAUUGGAGAUGUAACUAAACAAAAAGAUCUAGGUGGUUUCUAUCGGCAUUUGUAUGAACAAAAAUUAGGAACUGAUAAACCAGAGAAUAAAGAUCAAAAGAUACAAAGUAGUGAAGAGGCUGAAGUUGAAAAAUCUGAAAAGGCCAGCAAUAUUGAUAAAACACAAUUAAGUAAAAAAAGGAAUUACAGAAAAAGAAAGUCAUCAGAUCACAAAAAUAUGUCUGAAGGUGAAAUUGAUGAUUCUGACGACGAAAUUAAUAGAUGUAAUCUAGAAGAAAUUAGAAAGUCAAAGAAAUCUAAACAAGUUGAUGCAAAUAUUGAUGCAGAUUCAGACUUUUCUAUUGAUGAUGAUUCAAGUGAUGAAGAAAAUGAUAAAAGUAAAAAAGAUGAUGAAGAAAAACCUCUAAAUAAAAAAGACACUAUUAAACAAGAUACCUCUUCAGAACAGGAAGUAAAACCUGUAAAGAGUGAUGAGAAGAAUGAACAAGUUAAGAAUACACUUGAUGUACCGGUUGUUAAGAAAAUCGAUAUAUGGAAAAAGCGUACUGUUGGAGAAGUGUUUGAACAAGCUCUCAAAAGAUAUUAUGAAAGAAAAGCUAAUAGGGGAUUUUAGUAUGUUGAUGAAAUAAAAAUCAUAAUUUACUUAAGUAGUAUCAUUUUCUUUAGUAAUUCAAUUAUGUUACUACAUAA